UCAGAGCAAGUUUCUUCUCUAUGCCAACGACUCGGAGCCCACGUGUUAUUUGCAAUUGCCGCUCAAACUUCGGGACUAUGGCCCAGGAUGAUGAGAAAUCUCAAAAUCCAUGAACUCAUCUCGAGAGGCGAGUCCUUCGCCUAAUCCGACUUCCGAGUUCGGAACUACGAUGGCUUAAUGGUUGAUUUCGAUGAGUUUGGUCAGAUAUGUCGCGGUCAUUCGCUAAUAGAAGUGCCGAGUGCCGGAAAUUGGUUCAGAUCUUGUAUAAGAGCGAGCCCACGAUCAUUCCAGCAGAGAAAUGAAUGACUAGGCAUCCCCAACAUCUCGACACAACAGAGAUUGAAAGCUUACACACAAUGGCACCAAGGAGCAUGUUCGGCCUGCUCGCCCUGGCGUCCGGCGCAUAUGCUGUGCCUUUCGUCUCCCAGCCACAGACUACCGUUACCUCGGAGCCCACCGUCACUCCAUCACAAGUCGCAGUCACCAACGUAACCUCCCACGGUCCCUACACGGGUCCCUCACCAACCACGACUGGUGCGCUCUCAACCAGCAUCCUAGCCUCAGAGGUACCGGUACUGCCUCCUCCAGACGAUGCCUACGACUACCCGGCGGACGGCAAGCUCCAUGGAGACCAGCCCGCGCCGUACACACCUUCAGGCGGCAUUGGUACCAACGGCUCAGCCCCGGUCUACCGCGUCCAGAGCGACUUCGACUACCAGUCCCUCGCCCUAGCGCUCUACCAGGAGUACAUCGAGCUCGACCUCUUCCAUUGGGGCCUUGCCACCUUCUCCGAUGAAGAGUUUGAGGAACUCGGUCUGAAUGCUGAGGACCGCUACCUCCUACAGUUCAUGGCCGAGCAGGAGAUUGGCCAUGCCACCGUCAUCACAAACAUGCUUGGCGCCCAGGCACCGAAGCAGUGCAGCUACAACUACCCCGUCACCAAUCUCCGGGAGUACAUCGACUUCAACCAGAAGCUCACUCGGUGGGGUGAGUCCGGAGUCUACGGGUUCCUGCCGCAUCUCAACUCUGGUCCGGCAGCCCAGCUGUUGCUGCAAAGCAUCACGACCGAGGCGCGUCAGCAGAUGAUCUUCCGUCAAUUCGAGGGCUUGUUCCCCAUGCCCGAGUGGCACAUCCCCGGUAUUCCGCAGAGUUGGGCCUGGACACUCCUGGCCCCGUAUAUCUCUAGCUGCCCGGCAGACCAGACCCGUCUCAUCUGGCAGAACUUCCCCGCCCUCCACAUCCUGAACCAGCCGAACCCUUACCGCAUCAACGGUUCCAACGUCUGGAAUGAGACUACCGGCGGCUGGGCGAACACCGCGGCGACGACGAACAUCACCGAUACUGAAUCUUGUGUCAACGCCACGGAUCCCCUCCAGGACUGCAAUGCGGCCAUCACCCAGAACCGCACAAUGCCCCUGUCAUACCCUGGUCGUCAGGUCUUUUUUCAAUGGGACGCUCCUGGCCAGGCAGUUGGUCCUAACAACAGUUACAUCACGGCGACUAACGUUGUGGAGCCGAAGUUCGCUGCCUGGGUGUCUCAAUUGAACGUCACUUUCUCGCCCCUGCAGAACAUUAGCCUCGAGUCUCGUACUGCGUACACCAUCCAGCCUAAUGUUUCAACGUGGGAGCAUGAUCCCGCCAUUAACUCGACCAUGUUUGUUGCUCUUACGGAUACUGACAUGUAUGUCACGGCUCACAACCUGACCAUGAUCAAUCCGCAUGUUGCCGCGCUUGCUGUGUACCAGGCUGGCUAAGUAGAUUGGGUGGCAGGCAUGCCGAGAGAUACUAAUCGCUUCGAAUGCUGCGUCUGUCGAAAUCCAAGAUACCUAGAAGGGACACUUUAAUGCCAUAGUUAAUAAACCUACAAUGUUAAUGACG